CUUUUCAGCACGACUUUGAAAGAGCGCGCCACAGGGAGGCAAUACAUAAAGGACCGCUGCGCCUGCUCCUGCUCCUGCUUCAUUCUCUGCUCCACACUGUUCUUCUUAAUUCCACCACAGAUUUUCAUUUCCGCUCUUUGAUCUCUCAUCCGAUAUCUCUAAAUCCGCAUCUAUUGUCUGCAAAAGAUCCGCUCUCUUGCAUCUGCAAGCUCCGUUUUUCUUUGAGAGAUCUUUUUAAAUCGAACGGAGAGAAAGAGAGAUUUUGAGCUCCGGCAAUGGCACCCAGUUUCGAUUGCGUUUCGAGUCUUCUUUGUACGGAAGACAGCAUCGUAUUCGACGAUAACGAUUACGAGAGUGCGAUGGGGGUGUCCCAGAAUUCGCGGCAUCAAACAUCCCAUCGACUUCACAAUCCAGGCCUUUUCUUUGAUGAUGCAGCUGGGUUGCCAUUGCAGAGCGAUGAGUGUUUGGCGAUAAUGGUGGAAAAAGAAUGCCAGCACAUCCCUGCUGGCGAUUACUUGAAUAAGCUACGGACUGGUGUUUUGGACUCGGGGGCUAGGAAGGAGGCCAUUGAUUGGAUUGAAAAGGUUCGUGCUCAUUUCCAUUUUGGACCUCUCUGUUCAUACUUAUCCAUAAACUACAUGGAUCGCUUCCUGUCUCUAUAUGAAUUACCAAAGGGAAAAUCUUGGUCAAUGCAAUUGCUGGCUGUAGCAUGCUUAUCUCUCGCAGCCAAACUAGAGGAGAAUGAAGUUCCCCUGUGUGUUGAUUUGCAGGUGGCUGAAUCAAAAUUUAUAUUUGAAGCUAGAACAAUCCAGAGAAUGGAGCUUCUCAUACUAAGUACACUUAAGUGGAGAAUGCAAGCAAUUAGCCCUUUCUCCUUUAUUGACCAUUUCCUAAGCAAGAUCAACGAAGAUCAAAUUCCGCUUAGAACUUCAACAUCAAAAUCUAUGCAACUUAUAUUGAAUACCGUGAGAGGGAUUGACUCAUUGGAAUUCAAGCCAUCAGAAAUAGCAGCAGCAGUGGCAAUAUUUGUUGUGGGGGAAACCCAAACAGUUAAUGCAGAGAAAGCUAUCUCUGUUCUUUCUCAACACGUAGAAAAGGAGAGAGUCUUGAGGUGUUUUAAAGUGGUCCAAGAGCUGUCAUCAAACAGCAGCAUCAUCAGCUCUUCUGGUGCUUCUGUUCCUCGAAGCCCAAUUGGGGUGUUGGAUGCGGCAUGCUUGAGCUAUAAAAGUGAUGAAAUAGACGGUUCAUGUUCAAAUUCUUCACAUAAUAAUAGUCCGGAUGCUAAAAGGAGGAAGCUAAACAAAAACUGUGCAACUGAUCCAUAACAGUGUUGCUUUUCUUAAAUGGGGAUUUUGUGUUUUAUGGAAAGUGAUUCUCCCCUCAUUAGGAAAAGCAAACAAGGACGCAGAAAGAAAUGAAUAGUAAAGAAAGGAAAAAAAUGAAAAAGAAAAAAAAAACUGAGCAUGAAGAAGGAUACGUAAAAUAAAAACUGUGGCUCAUGGGGGCGACGAUGGAAGAUAAAAGGAAUAGAAGAAUCAUUGAAUUAAAAUAGUUCAUGCUCUUUUAGUAUGAAGUUGAGCAUGCCAGUAGCUGUUAAAUAUUUAUACUCCUUAACAGCUAGACACUUGAGGAAGUGAAGGAGCCACAAGAAGAGGGGUAUAAAUAAAGAGUUUUGUCUGUGCAAGUACAGCUUGUUAAAGCCUAGGUCCUAGUAUUUUUGUUUAAUAUUUAUUCAAUUAUAUAGCGGAACAGGAGGGGAAGAAACAAAGGGAGAAGAAGGAAUCGAAGCAGAGCGUAUCGUAGUACGGUGAGAUAUAUUUCUGGGGAGAUGUUUUAUUAACUUAUUUUUUGUUAUGGUCGAUAUAAUGCUAUAUGUCAUUUAUUCUUAUUUUAUUCUUUCUUCCUUAAGUGUCACAGCUUUACAGUAAAAGUGAAUGCUUAAGUUUACUAGGGUCCCUAUGUGCAAACGGUCAACAAUAUGGUAUGACUCUUUGACUGCCUGACUGACCUGUCGGGCCAAUAAGGUUAUUUGGUGGUUAUUAAAAAGAGAAUAGAGCCACGUUUUCCACGUGGGCUGACUGAUUGGGUCAGGACAAAAUAAAAGCAAACUUGAUUUUAA